UCCUUACCAAGGCAUUUAUAUGUCAUUUUAGUUUCUCAUAAAGAGAGGAAUAAUAAUACACAUCCUUGCAUAUACAAUCCUCCAAAAAAUAAAAAAUAAAAAAAUCCUUGCAUAUACAAUAUUGCCAUAUGGAACACAAAAUCAAGACUUUGCUUUUAGUUGUCCUCUUGGUCUUAAUUCCUUUUCCUUUAUCUUCAGGAUUGGAUGAAGGAUUCAGAGAAAAUAUGCAUCCUAGUGUUCACUUUGUUUACAAGGAUGGUAUAAAGAUGAACUCCAGGAAGCUAUUGUCCCAUGCUUUUGUGUUGGAUUAUGAUGAAGCAGGACCCAACCCAAAACACUCAAAGAGACCUGGCAAGGGCCCUUAAGCACCUUAAUUAACAACUAACUAAUCAUAUUCAUAUUAUCAUAUAAUAAAACUAUAUAUAUUAUAUUAUUAUUAUUAUGUCUUUCCCUCAAAAUGUUUUGUUCAUGUAUGAGGAGACAUGAUAUGAUUAUUAUAUAGCUAGUUUCUUCACCGGAGCCACUACUUGUGUGUUGUAACUUAUGAGGUAUUAAUUAAAUAAAUAAAGUAUGAUCAAUAUUUUAAAGUAUGGUCAA